CCUCGUGACAUGCCAAAGACCAAAGAUCCCUUCAGGCAAAUCAUCGAUAUAGGUGCGUCGCCCUCCACUUCCUCCGUUUCCCAAUCGCACCACCCACUGUCUAGAACAAGCUACACUCCACUCUUCAUCAAAUGGAUCGCGGCGGAGGCGGCCGUGAGAUGUCACGGGAGGAGGAGGAAGCGGAGGCGGCUUCCACCAACCAGAAGACCGAGAGCUUCAAAGGCUGGUGAGAGUGAGACAUCCUCUUCCUCCACUCUAUCUCUGUGUACUGGCAACAAGCAUGACGCUUGUGGUGCUCGCUGUGCUAAUUUGCCAGCCAUUAGUUGUCGAUCUGUUGAGUUGCAGCUCCAGUAGCAGGAAGAAUCUUUACCCUAUCGACAGUCCAAUUAAGAAACGGAAGUCACAGUAUGAGCUCAGUGAUACAAGGUUGUCAUCGCUGAAAUACAAGUUUCAGAACCGAUUAACUUGCCAGGAGGAUGAGUCCGCAAGAACAGAAAGCUUAGGAUGUGGUGACAUUUUCAUCAACAAGAAUUGUGAUAUGGACAUGGUCAAUAUUGUUGAGGAAUUGGACUCUUGUGAGAAUACUCAAAGCCUUUUAGGUGGGUGCAUUGAAGUGGACUCCAUAAAUGGAAUUGAGAGCCAAUCUAUGAGAAAAAUGUUCAAGGUCCGGGCAUCUGCAUCCAGCAGCUCAAGCAACAACAUUUCUUCUGACGCUUUCAGUUCUUUCGGUAGAUCUGGCACCAAAGAUACUGACAGCUGGGUGAGGCCGCACCUGGAGCAUGAUCGCUCAGGUACUAUGCUGCAACCAUAUGAUGAUGAUAUUGAGAGGAUAUACGAUGUGAUGAAUGAGCUCGCAAGUGGCGGUGUCGAUGGUUUUUCUGAUCGUAUCACAAAUGAGAGGCUAUACUCGAAUGGCGUCGAGGAUUUCCUGAUUUUGCCAGCAGGCAAAACUGGCUGUCAUGGCGAGAAGAAGAAGCUAACCAUUGAUCAAGAAUUUGAGCAGUACUUUUCAAAGCUCAUGCUUUAGCAUGACCAUAACAAAAAAAAUUGCUGUGCUGGAACCUCCAAAGAUGCUCUGCAUCCCGACUGAGGAAAUGCAAGUCAUAGCUACUACAGGAGUUAAUUGUGUAGGUUAACCUGAAUAUUGACGGUGCGAUGUAUAUAUGCUUUCUCGCUACUACAGAAAGGCUUAUCAGUAACGGUCGAAAAACAACAUCAGUAACGGUCGGGGCCGCCGUUACUAACUUCGUGUUA